AUGUCCCUCCUGAUGCGCCGUAUAGGCGACUCAUGGCUUCGAGGGAUCAUGUUGAAGGUGACAGGUAGACUCAUGGCCGGAGCCUUAACCUUGUGGCCGUCCACCGUCUGCGCCGCGGCGGCUGAUGCAAAGAAGUCCACUCCCGCCAAGAUAAACUGGGAAGAGCUCUCGCUGUACGCUUCGCCGCAACAAGAUAAAACCGCGUCGGAGGAGCCCAAAACCGGGCACAUGGAGCAGGGUGCCGCCACCUUGCGGAUGUUCGCGGAGCCUUACACGGCUUGGUGUCGGACCACGUACGAACGCGUUGAACCCAAAGUUCAAAAUGUGGUUCGGCAAGGGUGCGACGCCUGGGCGUUUCUGAAAGACCCGCCGGGAGAGUUCUACGCGCGGGCUGGAAUCAUCGGUUUGACCGGCGUGCUUGGGCUGCUCCUCGCCAGACGCUCGCGGGUGAAGAGAGUCAUCUACCCGGCGGCCCUGAUGACCACAAGUGCCUCCCUGUAUUACCCGGAUCGGGCAGCAGUCAUCGCCAGGUCCGCCGGGGACACCCUGUACGAGGGCGCCGUGCACGGCUACGCCACCCUGGAGAGUAUCAUAAAGCCUGCAAGCAAGGCCGAUCAAGGAGACAACUCGAAGGGUAAACGCUGA